AUGCCCACGACCACUGCUACUCCCCGCUGUGCGCGCCUUCCCGCACCUAGGUUCGCCUACUUCUGCUACUGCUCGCAUCGCUGCAUGCCGUCGCCGCCCCCUGCUGCUGCCGCCGCCAGCAGCCUCGCCUUCCCCUGCAGCCGCGCGGCCCCGCCACCAUCGUCGUCCCGCGCUCGUUGCGCCGUGCCGCCCCGCUUCGGUCUGCGACUGCCUGCCCGUCGUUGGCCGCGCCUCCGGCAGCUCCGUGAAGCCCGCGCCCUCCCCUACUGCCCGUGGCCGAUGCCUCUUCUCCGCGUUAGCCGUCAUGGCCGCGCUCGGCCGCCGCCAACCCCGCAGCCCGCGCCCCGUUCCACUGCGUUGUCGCCCCUGCUGCGCUGCUCUGCUUGCUGCUUCCGCCGCGGGCCGCCGCUGCAGCGCGUGAGCCCCGCCCCGUGCUCCUCUGCGCCCCGUCCCGCCGACCGGGGCUACCGGCUCCGCCCGCCGUGGCCCUCGCGCCCCGCUCCCUCGUCGGCCGGUGGCCUCGCCCGGGCGUAG